CUGCUUUGGUCGCUGGAAGCACCCGACAGUGCACAACAGCGCACCACAAAGAAAGCAGCACAGCAAAGCACAGCACAGCAAAGCGCGUGACAGCCUAGCACAGCGCCUCACACGCGCAGACCCGGUGCUUUGUUGUCAGCGCGGUGCGCCCGAUAUGGGGACCGGCGACGAUCUGUUGGAAGCAACAGUGCUGUCAGUCGCGUUGGCGGCUUUGCACCAGAUCCAAGAAGAGGAGGAUGGUCGCCGGCGCACAGCACGCUCGGUAUCCUAUUGGGAUGCUGUGCUGUUCGACGAGGAUUCGGAGGACGAGGAGGAAGUCGUCGGCCCGAAGGUUAAGAGGACACGAUGCGUCACGCAGCGGAGGGAUUGACGUACCUUUGCCUGGUGGGAGCAGCAGAAGCGCAUGGGAGUACAGCAGUAGUAGUAGUUGUUCGCGCCUUGAAGCAGCAGUGGUUCCACUAGCGGCAUGAUGUUGCGUGGUUUGACUAGCGGCAUGAUGUUGCGUCGUCUGGCGAGGGUGUAAUUAAUUGUGAACCCCCCCUCCCCCCUGUUUUUAGCGUUUCCAAUUCCAUCGAUCCGUAAGAAGGCUGCUCUGUUUUUGAGUGAGAUUUUUCGAGUUGGAUCUGGGAAUCGAAAAUUUCAGUUUUUCAACUGGAAUUUCACAAACCGUAAGAAACCGCCUUAUGAUUAUUUCCGGAUUGGAUUUGGGGGGGUGGUCCUUUUAUGAGCCCAAAAUUUAAUUUGGGCGUCUUCAUGAAUAGAUAAUCAUGAAUAACAGUAGUGGAUUUUUUUUUUCUCUCCCAUCAUCGGAUUCUGUCGUCUGCCCCUCUGGCCCCUAUCCUCCACUUCUACUAGCUAGACGACCCAACCGGGGUCACAUAGGAGGGGGAGGCUGGACCCCCUCCUGCGGUUCCUGCCUGAGGUAUUUUUUUCGCGAGAAGGGUACAGCAAUCAAUCCCUUCCCUCGCGACUUACGAAGUCUAUUUUGUGACAUUUUGUAUGCAUACUACAGCAGUACUUCUAUUCCCGAUGUCCCGGCAGCAGCAGGAAACUUGGCGGGGUGAUUACAGUAGAGGAAUUGUGGGAUGCUGGAGGGGAAAAUAAAGUGUUUGGGCAUCGUUCGUGGUGAUCUGGUGUUGCAGACGGUGCUCUCGGGUUCACAGCGAAGUCUGUCCGCCAGUACAACAUGUACAGCAGUGCAUGCAGCUGAAGUAUGCGUAGACACGUACAAGGAUUCGACUCCAGUAGUCUGUUGGCUUUCGAAGCACACAGAAAGAAGACAGAGGGGUACGCCACCAUGGAUAGAGGAAAAAAAGCUCCUGGAGACUUGCUGAAUAGAGAAAAGGUGCCCGCAGUUU